AUGUCAUCCGCUGGGCUGGGUGUUCGCUUCAACGUUCAUUGUCAUUUCAUUCGUCAAUUCGAGUCGAUUUUUGUGGUCGGAAACGCGGCCGAGCUGGGCGCCUGGAACCCGGACAAGGCGGUGGAGCUGGAAAAGGACAAAGUUGAAGGGUUGGUUUGAAGUUUUUUCGAGAUUUUUUGCAAGUUUAGAGUGAAGUUGAAGCCGGGGGACGGCUUUUUGGAAAUUAAAAAUUUGCACAGUGCAAAAGCGUAGGCUUUUUUGCACUAUAAAAUCGCACUGUGCAAAACCAUUGGCUUUUUUCCACUAGAAAACUGCACUGUGCAAAACCAUAGGCUUUUUUCAACUAUAAAAUCGCACGGUGCAAAGCCAUAGGCUUUUUUGCACUAUGAAAUUGCACAGUGAAAACUCUAAAUUCAAAUGUGAAAUCGCAGAUUUUUGUUUAAAAAUUAUUUUAAAAAAUUUUUUUUUCAAAAAUUCACAGGCUGAAAAAGGAACAACUUACUCGUUAUGACAUCCAUCUUCGCUACUUUGUGACUUAUCUUUUUCGGGGUGCUUUAAAUUUGCUUCAAAUUUUUGCACUGUGCAAUUUCAUAGUUCAAAAAAGCCUAGAAUUUUGCACUGUGCGAUUUUCUCGAAAAAAUUCCGCACAUUGCAAAAUUUUUUUUGGCCAAAAAAAUCUCAGAUUUUGAUGAAAUUUGGGCCAGAAUUAGUUUGCUAUUUUACCAGAAAUUUUUGACACGCUUAUUUUUCGGCACUUUCCAAGAUUUUUUCCGCCAAAAAAUCAAAAAAAAAUCUAAAAUUCUCCCUCAUUUUUCACUUUUUCCUCUAAAAAUUUCUUUCCAGACGCUGGUCAGCAACCGUAAAAUUGGUCUCAAGUCACAAGGAGCCGCUCAAGUUUCGGUAUUUCAUCGGAUAUUAUCUACAAUCCACUAAUGAUCCCGCGAGUAAAUUGCGAAUUGUCAGCCGAUGGGAGGCUCAAAGGGUCCCUCGAUCUCUUAUUCCACCGACUGGGAGUGAUGUUUUGGUGCAGAAUCACGAAUUUGGAACUUAUGGUAGGUCGAGGGGGCGAUGGAAAAGGUGUUUUUUGGCAAUGGAUACGUUUAGAUUACUUUGAGGGUUUUGGAUCAUUUUGGAUCACUUUUGAGGUUUUUGGAUCACCUUUGAGGUUUUUGGAUCAUUUUUGAGGCCUUUGGAUAACUUUGGAUCAUUUUUGAGGCCUUUGGAUAACUUUGGAUCACUUUUGAGCUUUUUGGAAAAAUUUGGAUCACUUUUGAGGUUUUUGGAUAACUUUGGUUCACUUUUGAGGUUUUUGGAUUACUUUGGAUCACUUUUGAGGUUUUUGGAUAACUUUAGAUCACUUUUGAGGUUUUUGGAUAAAUUUGGCUCACUUUUGAGGUUUUUGGAUAAAUUUGGCUCACUUUUGAGGUUUUUGGAUAACUUUGGACCACUUUUGAGGUUUUUGGAUAACUUUGGACCACUUUUGAGGUUUUUGGAUAACUUUGGAUCACUUUUGAGGUUUUUGGAUAACUUUGGCUCACUUUUGAGGUUUUUGGAUAACUUUGGAUCACUUUUGAGGUUUUUGGAUAACUUUAGAUCACUUUUGAGGUUUUUGGAUAACUGUGGAUCACUUUCGAGGUUUUUGGGUAACUUUGGAUCACCUUUGAGGUUUUUGGAUUCUUUUUGCGGUUUUGAAUACGAUAUUAUAACGAUUGACCAUUUUUAUCUUCUGUGUUCUUUUUUUUUAAUAGUGGAUCACGUUUGAGGUCCGUUGGAUACCUUUUCAUCACUUUUGAGUGUUUUGGAUACUUUUUGAGGUUUUUGAUUAGGUCAGAAGAAACUUUAACUCUUUUUAUCAUCUGUAUAUCUGUUUUGGAGCGUUUGAAAUGAUGCUUCACUUAGAGGUUUUUUGGAUACCUUUUGAUCACUUUUGAGGCUUUUUGCAGGAAUAUUUAUAGUAGAACGAAUGUCCAUGCACUUUAUUUUUUUCGUUUCAGACGGGAAAAAGCUGAUUUCGGAUGGAUGGCUGAACCACCAAUCCCAGACGGAAGUGCGCCUGUUCAUGUACGACAACUGCAUGACAUUCUACAAGGAUCGGCAUCAACAGCGCCAAUACCACAUCAAAAUCACGCCAUUCGACCUGCGGCGCAAAGAAGUGAGUUUUUUUUUUUUUUUUUUUGACUUACUCACUAAAACAAAUGGGACAAAAACCCCUCAAAUUUCAGGAGUAUAACCCCUAUAACAGAGCGCAGAAAGGCCGGGGCCUGUGGCGAAUGUCAUCGGUCUUCAUGCAAAGCGUAAUAAUGUUGUGUAGUCGUAGUUGUGUAGCCCGUAUUUUAGGAGGAAAUGGGGGGUUGACGAAAAUUUUUAGCCAAUUUUGCUUUCAGAUGGGCAGCUUUGACAUUGAUGAGCCGGAGGACAAGGACGCCAACGCCUUUCUGCCGGCGUUGCCGAGCUUCUCGCCCACGGAAUUGGCGGUAAGAAUGUGAAAUACGGCCUAAAAUACGGAUUUUGAAUUUUGGGAUUUUUUGAAUUUUUUUGAGCUAGAAUGGUCGGGAAAUGAUUUUAAUGUGAUUCUUAGGCUUUUUUAAUUGAUUUUUGACGAUUUUUUUAUAAAAUACGGCCUAAAAUACGGAUUUUGAAUUUUGCGAUUUUUCGAUUUUUUUUUUGAGCUAGAAUGGUCGGAAAUAAUUUAAAUGUGAUUCUUUACUUUUUUAAUUGAUUUUUUUAAUAAAAUACGCCCUAAAAUACGGAUUCUUAAAUAUUGAGAUUUUUUGGAUUUUUUGAGUUAGAAUAGUCGGAAAAUAUUUUUAAUGCUGUUUUUAACUCUUUUUACUUGACUUUUGACGAUUUUGUGUAAGAUACGAUCUAAAAUACGUAUUUUGAGAUUUGAGAUUUUUUUAAUUUUUAAAUUUUGGUUCGAUUUUGAAUGGUCGGAAAAUAUUUGUAAUGUGGUUUUUAGCCUUUUUUAUUUGAUUUCCGAUGAUUUUUUUGUAAAAUACGACAUAAAAUACGAUUUUUGAAUUUUGGGAUUUUUUGAAUUUUUUGAUUCAGAAUGGUCGGAAAAUAAUUUUAAUGUUAUUUUUAACCUUUUUUGUUUGAUUUCCGAUGAUUUUUUUAUAAAAUACGACGUAAAAUACGGCUUUUGAAUUUUGAGAUUUUUUGAAUUUUUGAUGUCAAAAAUUACAAUAUGGACUUGAAAACAUGCCCUGGGCCGUGUUUGUUUUCAUUUGCAUAAUUCUUGAGCUAAAUUCCCACAUAAAAUACGAUAUCACACUUGACAAGAUUCCAAAAAAAUUUUUUUUUUGUUUUAGGUCCUCUCAACUCACGACGCCGCUCCAACAUUUUCCGACCAAAAAUCGACCGGUCAACCCUAUCACAAUCCCUCCAGCAUCUUCAUCUAUCGCACGCAAUCCAUAGCGCCCGAUUUUUUGGUGAGUGCUUUGCACUGUGCAGUUCAUUUUUUUCGUUUCGCACCGUGCAUUUUGCUCGAAAAUUUGCACAGCGCAAACGGCUUUUUUGGUGGUUUGCACUGUGCGUGAGAUUGCACAGUGGCGAAAAGAGUGAAAUGCACUGUGCGUUCGCGACAAGCGUGGGAAAAAGCUGAAAAUGCACUGUGCGUUGGCGACAAGCGUGAGAAAAAGUUGAAAAUGCACAGUGCGUUCGCGACAAGCGUGUGAAACAGCUGAAAUUUGCACGGUGCAGGCAGCUUUUUUGGCGACUUGCACUGUGCGUGAGAUUGCACAGUGCAAUUUUGUUUUUAUUUUUUGCAUUUUGUCGCGGUCCGCACUGUGCACAAAAAACCUCCAUUUUGCACCGUGCAUUGCCUUGUUUUUUGUCGUUUGCACGGUGCGAAAAGAGAAAAGUGAAAAUGCACUGUGCGUUGGCGCUAAGCAUGGGAAAAGGCUCACAAUGCACUGUGCGAAAGAUUUUUUUGAUUUCGCACCGUGCAUUUUGCUCAAAAAUUUGCACAGUGCAAACGACUUUUUUUUGCUUGCACUGUGCGUUGGCGACAAGCAUGGGAAAAAGCUGGAAACGCACUGUGCAAACGUUUUUUUUUUGGUGGAUUGCAUUGUGAGUGAGGUUGCACAGUGCAAUUUUGUUUUUCUUUUUGAAAUUGUCGCGCUCCGCACAGUGCACAAAAAACAUCCAUUUUGCACCGUGCAUUGCCUUGUUUUAUGUCGUUUGCACGGUGCGAAAAGAGAAAUGUGAAAAUGCACAGUGCGCCGGCGACAAGCGUGGGAAAAGGUUCAAAAUGCACUGUGCGAAAGAGACCUUAGUCAUUGUGCAAAUUUGAGGGCAAAAAUUUAUAAAAAAUUUAAAAAAAAUGCAAAUUUUAGGCCUUUCGAGUGGAACUUUUCACCGAACAACGUCCCAAAAAGCCCUCCCAGCCCCCCACAAUCGACGAAGACCAGGUGUGCAACAGCGACGCGUUGGCGUCGAUUGGGAUCUCGAACGCGGCGCACAACGCCCUCCUCCAGGAGCACAGUUACGACGCGAAAAAGUCGGUGAAAAUUGAGCGCGUCGGCAUUGCGUACGUCAUGUUUUCGGCGCGAAUGGACACUUGCGGCCAGCAUCAGGUCCCAAUCUUGGCCAAAAACCAAAUGCCAAUCGGGCAGCUGAAAAGUGAGGCUUUCGUGGUGGGACCGAAAUUGCUUUUACUAAAAAUGUUUUUUUGCUUUUUUAUGAAAAAUUGCAAAUUUUAGUGGACUAUUUGCUGAUCAAAUCGCUGGGAUAUGACCUGAAGGUGCCCUUAACCAUGGAACAUUGUUAUACGAGGCAUUGGAAGAAGAGAAAAACGGUGGAAGUGGGCCACAGAGGCUUUGGCAAUUCGUAUACCAAGUAGGUUUGGGUGGAAAAAUCCUUACCCUGAAUGACUUAUAGAUGUUUUGGAUUUUUCAUUGUCAAAAAGCAUAUUUUUCAACAGUUUUCUCCAAAAAAUUAACAUUUUUCUAAUAAAAAUGAAAAAAUAGCAAAUUUUUAGUCAAAAAACCAAAUUUCAUAGUCUGAGAUGCUUUGUAAAACAAUAUGCAACAAAAACAGACUAUCUAAAAUACGAUUUGAAUUAAGAAAAUUACCAAAAAAACCCCAAAAAAACCACUAGGUCCCGGCGGGGGUCGAACCCGCAAUCUUCUGAUUAGAAGUCAGACGCGUUAUCCAUUACGCCACGGGACCACGGUAGGAGUCCCUCUUUUUCUCUUCUUCAAACAAAUCGUCGGGCAAAGGGAGAAGAGAGAAGCGCUUUUUUGUGACAAAAGGAAUAUUUUUUUGGAAAAAACGUCUGAAAAGUGAAUUUAUAUAAUGUUUUGGAGAUCGGAAAAUAUUCGUAGGCUGUUUUCAGGCCAUAAAAAUUAUGAAAAUCGUGUUUUUUGCACUGUGCAAAAUUGUAGGGUAAAAAAGCCUAUGAUCUCGCACUGUGCGAUUUCAUAGUGCAAAAAAGCCUAGAAUUUUGCACUGUGCAAAAUUUUAAAAUUAAUUUUUUUUUUGCACCGUGCAAAAUUAUGGUUGAAUUUAGCCUAUAAUUUUGCACUGUGCAAAAUUUUAGUUGACAAGGAAAGUACUUUUAUGGGGGCUCCUACUUUUUGACGGGACAUAUCUCAAAAAAUCAGAAAAAAUGUGCUGAUCAAGGAUAUAAAUCUUAGCUGCCCAUUUUAGGUUUUUAGGGGUGAAAAUGCCCAAAAACUGGCUUAAUUUCCCUACAAAAGGCGCAGGCAUUCGAAACGAUAAAAAGCGCACUCGGUCUCUUCCUUCGGAAGAGAGCGGUGUGGCCGAGUGGUUAGUGCCGCAGUCUGGGAUUCAAGAGGGGGAAUGCCGCACGGGUUCGAUUUCCCUUUUGGGCUGAAUCAACUUUUUUUGAAGUUGAAGGUCGGAAAAAUAAAUUUUUGGACCAAGACUGUCUUAUUACGUCUUAGAAACUCAACAAACACCAUUCUAAGCCAAAAUAAAAAUUGUAAACCCGUGAAAAAUUAAGCGAAAAGGGGUUCAUAUAGGACUUUAAGUCAACUUCCGAUUGAGUUUUCACCCCUAAAAACCUAAAAUGGGCAGCUAAGAUUUAUAUAUCCUUGAUCAGCACAUUUUUUCUGAUUUUUUGAGAUAUGUCCCGUCAAAAAGUAGGAGCCCCCAUAAAAGUACUUUCCUUGUGAAAAAAGCCUAUGAUAUUGCACCGUGCAAAAUUUUAGGGUAAAAAAGCCUAUGAUCUUGCACUGUGCGAUUUCAUAGUGCAAAAAAGCCUAUGAUUUUGCACCGUGCAAAAUUUUAGUUGAAUUUAGCCUACGUUUUUGCACGGUGCGAUUUCAUAGUGCAAAAAAGCCUAGAUUUUUGCACUGUGAAUUUUAAAAAAAAAUUUUUUUUAUUUCUUUUUAAUUAAAAAUUUUUUGUAGGACCUCCACAGUACGUGAAAACACAAUCCAUUCGCUGAGUCACGCCUCGAAAAAAGGCGCGGAUUACGUGGAAUUCGAUGUCCAGUUGACCAAGGACAAGAUUGCCAUCAUCUUCCACGACUUCCAUGUGCUCGUCGCGGUGGCGAAACGAUCCACAUGCUCGCCGGGCGCUAAUUUGUCGAAGGAAACGGAGGCGGCGGCGGUUGGAACGAGUGGGCCGCAAAGGCCAAGUUUAGGUCUCCAGAAUGCGAUGAGCGAUUAUCAUGAGAUUGCGGUCAAGGAUUUGAAAUUGCAACAACUCAGGCUGCUUCAUGUGAGUUUUGGAGGGAGAUGGGGGCAUUUUUGAAAAAAAAAAAAAUUUUGAUGUUUUUGGCAAAAAAAUCUCGGCGAUUGCCCAAAAUGGCAUGUUAAAAACUUCUAGUAAAAUUACGACCUAAUUUUUUACCCAAGUUUCAUCAAAAUCUAACAUUUAUUGGCCAAAAAAAUUUUGCACAGUGCACUGUGCGAAAAUCUAGGCUUUUUUGCACUAUAAACUUGCACUGUGCAAAAUUCCCUCAAAAUUUUUGUAAAAAUUGAUUUUAUUUAUGUCGGUUUGAGUUCAGAAAUAAACAUUUCCAUCUGUUUACUUCCACAGAUACCUCAAAAAACACGACUGCCAAUUCAAAAAUCGCAAAAAAACCACUAGGUCCCGGCGGGGGUCGAACCCGCAAUCUUCUGAUUAGAAGUCAGACGCGUUAUCCAUUACGCCACGGGACCACGGUUCAAUUUUGGCUUAUUUUUGAUCAGGGAAGUGGGGGAAUUGGUUGGUAUAGUAUAAAAGAGUAAUCAAAAAAAUUUUUUUUGAUUUUUUUAUUAGAAUUUUUUAAAUUAAAAAUUUUCUGGAAAAAAUUUUUUUUGAAAAAUGAAAAAAUUUUUUUUUAAAAAAAAGCAAAAAUUUUUUAGGUCGAGCACUAUCAGGCCCAGGAGAAUCGAAACAUGCUAAAAGUGACCGGAGACCCCGACGAAUCCGACGACCAUAGGCCAUUUCCCACUCUGGUGGACGUUUUGAAACGGGUACCCGUGGACACGGGCUUCAACGUCGAAAUCAAAUACCCCAUGGAGCUGGCGGACGGGGAACAUGAAUGCCGAAAUUAUUUCGAACGCAACGAGUUCAUCGACCGCAUCCUCAAGGACGUCAUUGAGAAUGCGGGAGCGCGGCGGAUUGUGUUCUCGAGUUUUGAACCGGAUAUUUGCUCAAUGUAAGCGAAAUGCUUGCACGGUGCAAAAUUCUAAGCUUUUUUUGACUAGAAAAUUGCACGGUGUGAAAAAAGAAUCGGUCGGAAAAAUUUUUUUUUUGAAUUAUUUUUUUGCACUGUGCAAAAAUGUAAGCUUUUUUCAACUAUGAAACUGCACAGUGCGAAAAUCUAGGCUUUUUUCAACUAGAAAACUGCACUGUGCAAGGUUAUUUAGAGCAGAGAAAUUUGCACGGUGCAAAAAUAUUUUUGAAUUAUUUUUUGCACGGUGCAAAAUCGUAAGCUUUUUUCAACUAGAAAACUGCACUGUGCAAAAUUCAAAAAUAAUUUUUCGAGCUAUUUUUAUGCAUUACGGAUAUUUUGAGUUUUUUUUUCACCAAAAUUUGCACAGUGCGGAAAAUUUUUUUGAAAUUUGAAAAAGUUCCGAAAAAUUUUUUGCACGGUGCAAAAUUGUAAGCUUUUUUCAACUAGAAAACUGCACAGUGCAAAGUUAUAGGUUUUUUUCUACUAUUAAACUGCACUGUGCAAAAAUCUAGGCUUUUUUAAACUAGAAAACUGCACAGUGCAAAGUUAUAGGCUUUUUUCUACUAUGAAACUGCACUGUGCAAAAAUCUAGGCUUUUUUUCAACUACAGUACUGCACUGUGCAAGAUUCGAAUUUUUCUUUUGAGCUAAUUUUUAUUCAUUACGGAUUUUUUAAGCCUUUUUCUUCAAAAGUUUUGCACAGUGCAAAAAAAAAUUUUUUUUUUUUGAAGCUUGAAAAAAUUCCGAACAUUUUUUUUGCACAGUGCAAAAUUCUAGGCUUUUUUCAACUGUGAAACUGCACUGUGCGAUUCAAGUAAAAUUUUGAAAAAAAAAUUUCAGUUUUUUUUUUUAAAUUUCGUCCCAUUUUAUCUUUACUUUCAUUUUCUUUCAGGAUUGCCCGAAAACAGUGCCUUUUCCCUUGUUUAUUCCUCUGCGUGGGCGCCACCAAGAGAUAUGUCCCGUUCACGGACAAAAGAUCGGCCGAUUCGAUUGUUGCCGCAAAUUUUGCCAAGUCCGAGAAGAUUCUGGGCUGCAAUUUCCAUUCCGAGGAGCUGUUGCACGACCGCAGACCGGUGGAAAGGGCCAAAAGAUUGGGCUUGGUCAGCUUUGUGUGGGGCGACGACUUGGAUUCCAAGAAGAAUAUUGACUAUUUUCGCCGUGAUCUGGCAGUGGAAGGGAUCAUAUACGACAAGUGAGUGAAUUUGAAUUUCAUUUUUUGUAGUUUGUAAUCAAUUUAUUACCAAAAAUUGAUGAUUUUUUGAUAAAAAAGGGGGAAAAGGCAGAAAAUGUAGUUUUUUGGUAAAAAUCAGCUGAUUUAUGGGUCCAAAAACUGAAAUAAAUUGUUCUAAAAAUGUUUAUGAUAGCAGAAUACCAUGUAUCUUACCAAAAAAUUACACAAGAAAAAAAAAUUUGCACAGUGCAAAACCAUAGGCUUUUUUGCACUACGAAAUUGCACUGUGCAAAAUUCUCUAAAAAAUUUUCUAAAAAUUAAUUUGACAAGGAAAGUACUUUUAUGGGGGCUCCUACUUUUUGACGGGACAUAUCUCAAAAAAUCAGAAAAAAUGUGCUGAUCAAGGAUAUAUAAAUCUUAGCUGCCCAUUUUAGGUUUUUAGGGGUGAAAAUGCCCAAAAACUGGCUUAAUUUCCCUACAAAAGGCGCAGGCAUUCCAAACGAUAAAAAGCGCAGUCGGUCUCUUCCUUCGGAAGAGAGCGGUGUGGCCGAGUGGCUAGUGCCGUAGUUUGGGAAUCAAGAAGGGGAACGCCGCACGGGUUCGAUUUCGCUUUUGGGCUGAAUCAACUUUUUUUGAAGAUGAAGGUCGGAAAAAUAAAUUUUUGUGCCAAGACUGAUUUAUUACGUCUUAGAAACUCAAUAAACAUCAUUUUAAGCCAAAAUAAAAAUUGUAAACCUGUGAAAAAUUAAGCGAAAAAGGGUUCAUAUAGGACUUUAAGUCAACUUCCGAUUGAGUUUUCACCCCUAAAAACCCAAAAUGGGCAGCUAGGAUUUAUAUAUCCUUGAUCAGCACAUUUUUUCUGAUUUUUUGAGAUAUGUCCCGUCAAAAAGUAGGAGCCCCCAUAAAAGUACUUUCCUUGUGAAAAAUAGGUCUCGGGAAAAAGUCUGGUUCCAAAUGAGUUUUUGGAUAUUUUACUAUCAAUAAUCGUAUUUUUCAACAGUUUUUUCCCCAAAAAAUCAAUUUUUUCCAAAUUUGAAAAAAAAAUCCCGAAAUUUUUGUCUAAAAACCAAAAUUUAUGGUCUUAACUGCUUUAUAGAACAACAUGAAGUUAAUAACGACGGCCUAAAAUACGACUCGAAUUAAAAAAUGGACAAAGGAAGUUCAGAAAAGCCACUAGGUCCCGGCGGGGGUCGAACCCGCAAUCUUCUGAUUAGAAGUCAGACGCGUUAUCCAUUACGCCACGGGACCACGGUUGCUGAAGGAUUUGUUUUUCUUUCGGUUUUGGCGGGAGCCUAACUACUAGGCUUUUUGUGACUUUUUUGGAAAAAAUUGGCAAAAAUCCAUCGAAAUUUGAGAUUUUUUUUGAAAUUUUUGAAAAAAAAUUUUUACUAGGGUAUUUUGACGGGUAAUUGAGAUAUUUUUGAGGUUUUUGAAUCGAUUUUUGGAGGGAAAAUUUUGAGAAAAAGCUAUUUUUUUUUAUUUUUUUUUUGAUUUUUUGAGCAAAAAAAAUAAAAAUCAAAAAAAAAUUUUUUCAGAAAAUAAAAAAAUUUUUCCAGAAAACAAUCUUUUUUUCAAAAAAAUUCAAUUUUUUUUUUCAGAAUUGGCGAGAUGGAAGAGCGCCAAAACGUGUUCAUGGUGGAAAGAGAACAGCGAAUCUCGCUGUUCCAAUCACCUUCGCCGUCGCGGCGAGGCUCUUUGGACAACCCUCAUCCCCAUAUAACGAAUUCGGGGCUGAGAAGCAUGUCGCAGGACAUGAACGGGCAAAUCGAUCCGGAGAUUCUGAAGAAAAAAUGGCCAAAAGCGAUGGUUGGAAGGUCGGAUUCAGCGGGUUCCCCUAGUUCCAAGUGA